AUGAGGGAGUUUUCGCAUCAGUUCACUCUGACAGACGGAGGAGCGAGGUUCGGCGGAAUCGUGAUGGAGGGUGGCGCAAGGGGAAGGGGAUGGUGGAAGGAUUCACAUGCGGGGGAGGAAGAUGAUGGGCGUCGAGUCCUUCUGCGCGUUCCAAGCUCCACAAACGGGGGUAGAUCUGAUGCUCUCGGGUCUGACCGGGAGAAGGUGACGGGAUCGAAUGUGACAAUCUCGGGCGUUGCAGCAUGGGAUGUGACUCUGCCGAAUGUGACUUUAGCGAAUGUGACAGAAUCGGAAGGGGAUGGGCUCCAGUCGGAAGCAGCGGCUCUUGAAUCCGCGGAAGCAGAGCAAGCACGGGAUGUGAUUAUAACGAGGGGGAGCGGGGCGGUUGCGGGUCAGACCCGUCCUGGAGUGAAGGAAGGCGAGGGUUCAGGAGGGCGAGUGGCAGAAGUGACUGUAACGAGCGGAAGAGGCAGGCAGGCGGUGCUUUUUGGUCGCGGCAUUUCUUUCCUACCAAUUCCAACCCACUCCUUCCUUCCAACGCUCGCUCUUUCCCCUCCCCUCCCCGCUCCCUUCCCACCACAACAGCCGUUCGUGUUCGGUCCCCGGUUUGUGCUGGCCUCUCUCAUCUGCCUCGUGGGAGCAGCGCUCGCCACUGCAGGGGGCCCGUUCGUGUUCGGUCCCCGGUUCGUGCUAGCCUCUCUCAUCUCCCUUGUGGGAGCAGCACUCGCCAAUGCGGGGGGCCCGUUCGUGUUCGGUCCCCGGUUCGUGCUAGCCUCUCUCAUCUCCCUCGUGGGGGCAGCACUCGCCAAUGCGGGGGGCGUGGGGGGGAGUCUGCUGCUUCCUCUCCCAACCCCUUCCUUCCUCUCCCAACCCCCUCCUUUGUUAAAAGGCUCACUCUUUCCCCUCUCCCCUCUUCCCUUGUCCCUCUCCCCUCUCCCCUCUCCCCUCUCCCCGUUUUCCUUCCCACCCAAACAGCCGUUCGUGUUCGGUCCCCGGUUUGUGCUGGCCUCUCUCAUCUCCCUCGUGGGAGCAGCACUCGCCAAUGCGGGGGGCGUGGGGGGAGGCGGGCUGUUCGUGCCCAUGUUCAACCUGCUGCUGGGAUAUGAUGCCAAGACGUCUACUGCGCUCUCUAAAUCGAUGAUAAUGGGGGGCGCCCUGGCGAGUGUGUGUUUCAACGUGCAGCUGAAGCACCCCACCUUCCACCAGCCGCUCAUAGACUACGGCUUGGCGCGCCUCACCCUCUGCUCUCACCCCCAACCCCCCUCCCCCCUCCCUCUCCUUCCAGCAAUGAUAAUGGGUGGCGCGUUGGCGAGUGUGUGUUUCAACGUGCAGCUGAAGCACCCCACCUUCCACCAGCCGCUCAUAGACUAUGGCUUGGCGCGCCUCAUGCAGCCCACGCUGCUGCUGGGGAUCAGCGUCGGCGUCACCUGCAACGUCAUCUUCCCGCCCUGGCUGCUUACUGUCAUGCUCUUCCUGCUGCUGCUCUUGAUGACGUACAAGACACUGGGCAAGGGCGUGGCUGUGCGGUUCACCUUUCACAUGCUGCCGCUGCUCACACCUCAUUCUACCACCCAUUACCGCACUGCACCCCACCCCAUCCCAUUCAUGAUGACAUACAAGACACUGGAUAAGGGCGUGGCCAUGUGGAUGAAGGAGUCCCAGGUGGCGCACCAGCAUUCAACGGUGAUGGCAACCCCUCUCCUUUCCUUCAGUGAUUCCUGUGAGUGGUCUUUUGAGGCGCCUCAAAAGUCCACCCACUUCCCAUCUUUCUCCCUCUUUUCUUUUCUCCUCCUCUCCCCCUCCCAGCAUUCAGCAGUGAUGGCAACCCCUCUCCCUUCCUUCAGUGAUUCCUCGCCCCCCCGCCCCAUCAUCCCGAGGCUGCUCCCAUCAGACCGCACCACCUCGCUCCCCUCCUCCUGGUCCGACGUGCUCCGCCUCUCCGCUUCCCUGCACGCCCACUCCCACUCCCAUUCCACCCGAGCGCUCUUUGACUGUGAGAGUGUGGGCGAGUUCGGAUUCGACUCAUCAAAGGGCGAGCCAGCAGAGUCCAGACUGCACGGAGCCUAUCCUCACCUCCCUGUCCCUCCUUUUGUGUUCCCCUUCUUCUCCCUCCCUUGCCCUCCCCCCCCAGCCCCUCCCCGCCCGAUCAUCCCCCGGCUGCUCCCAUCAGACCGAACCACCUCUCUCCCCUCCUCCUGGUCCGACGUGCUCCGUCUCUCCGCUUCCCUGCACGCCCACUCCCACGCCCAUUCCGCCCGAGCGCUCUUUGACUGUGAGAGUGUGGGCGAGCCAGCAGAGUCCAGCCAGCACGGAGCUGUGGGGUACCAGGGCUUGGCUCGGCACGGCCUGGCUCGGGAGGAGGGGGUGUUUGGGUUCGGGAGCGAGACACACUAUGCCGGAUUUCCAGCAGUGGGAGGAUCGGUGGGGGGCACUGACAGGUCAGGCACUGAGAGGCCUGGCACUGAUAGGACAAGCAUUGAUAUGCCCAGCACUGGUGGCACUGUCAGCACGGGCGGCACUGGCGGCACUGAGGGCAGUGGCGGCGGCACUGGGGGCAGUGGUUCUACCGCUGGUGCCACUGGCGCCGCUGCCACUGUUGCUGAUGCUGUUGUUGCCCCUGCCACUGGCAACAGCAGCAGCAGCAGCAACAGCAGAGGUCGCAGGAUUCUGGGGUCAAACGAGCCUCUCCUUCCGCCUGUUUUUGUGAGCCCCAGUGCUGGAGGGCUGAGUCCCCGGGGGAGUGCCGGUGGGAGCUACAACCGAGGGAGUGGGAGUGCGGGUCGCAUGGGUGGUGGCGGGUUCGGUUUGUCCGCUGCUCUUGCUGCUGCUUCUGCUGUUGCUUCUGGAAUCGAGGAGGAUGAUGACGACGAUGGUUUUGGCGGUGGAUUUGGUGCGGGUGAUUCUGCUGCUGGUUCAGGUUUUUUUUCAGGUGAAAUCAACAGAGGGGUGCCCGUGGGCGUGCCGGAGCAGGAGCUCCUGGAUGGGGAGCCAGCUCCUCUUCUUUCUUCCAAGGUUCCUGCUCCGUCUGGGGGGCUCACCACCCCGUUGCUGCAGCGAGAGGCAUCAGCAGCAGGGGACGGAGGAGGAGGAGGAACAGGAGGAGGAGAGGGGGGUAGAGGAGGAGAGAGGGGUAGAGGAGGAGGGGGAGGGGGAAGGGGAGGCACGGUGCAAGGGUCAGCAGUGCGCACCAAGAGUCUGAUGGAAGAACUGCACUUCGGAGCACCGCUGGAGGCAUCUCUCUUUCAACUGGUGGACUGGUCGUCAGUAUUCGAGCUCCUACUAGUCUGGGCGGCCUUCCUCGCCCUACAACUCGCCAAGCAGCACACGCCCGACUGCAGCCGCCCCUACUGGCUGCUCAACGCGCUGCAGAUCCCUGUUGCUCUGCUCGCUACCCUCGUGGGCGCGUGCCGUGGCGUGGUGUGGCGCGGCAUGAGUCCCCAACAAGCACACCCACCUGUCCCUGUCCCACCCACUCCUCCGUCCGUAUACUCCCGUCCUCCCUCCCUCCAGGCGUCCCUGUUCCAGCUGGUGGACUGGCGGUCAGUGCUCGAGCUCCUACUCGUGUGGUUGGCCUUCCUCGCCCUACAACUCGCCAAGCAGCACACGCCCGACUGCAGCCGCCCCUACUGGCUCCUCAACGCCCUGCAGAUCCCCGUUGCUCUUCUCGCUACCCUCGUCGGCGCGUUCCGCCUCUACCGGCAAAGCCACCCGUCUCCCAGGAGAAACUCCCGCGGGCGUGGCGGUGGUGGUUCUGCUAGCGCUGCUGCUGGUGGUGCUGCUGGUGGUGAUGGUGGUGGUGGUGCUGGUGCUGGUGGUGCUGCAGCAUCGGAACACCAGAGGCAGGGCGACAGCAGCAGCAGCAGGAGCAGGAGCAGCACCACCAGCAGGGGAGAGUACGACACAGCACACUGGGGCAUGCAGCAGCUGUGGGGGUACCCGCUGUGUUCCUUCAUUGCUGGGGUGAUGGGUGGGCUGCUGGGCAUCGGAGGCGGCAUGGUCAUGGGCCCUGUGCUGCUCGAACUCAACCUUCCUCCUCAGGUGGGUCACGGCAGCGACAACAACCUUCAUGGUGGUGCUCUCCUCAUCACUCUGUGUGCUCAAGUACUACCUCCUCGGCCUCUUGAGUCAACCCAUAAAUACUCCCCACCCCACCUCCCCCAACCGGUGCUUCCUCUAUGCCUCUCUCCCUCCCUCCACCGCCCCCCACCACAACAGGUCACGGCAGCGACAACAACCUUCAUGGUGGUCUUCUCCUCCUCGCUCUCCGUGCUCGAGUUCUACCUCCUCGGCCUUUUGAGUCCACCCCAAUCUUCUCCAUCUACUCUUUCUUGCCCACUACAGGUCACAGCAGCGACAACAACUUUCAUGGUGGUCUUCUCCUCGUCUCUCUCCGUGCUCGAGUUCUACCUCCUCGGGCCAUUCAAAGAUUCUCCGACUGGUCUCCCCCCCCCCUCACCCCCACCACAACAGGUCACAGCAGCGACCACAACCUUCAUGGUGGUCUUCUCCUCCUCGCUCUCAGUGCUCGAGUUCUACCUCCUCGGUCGCAUCCCCAUCGAGGUGGCCCUUGUCUUUGCCGGGAUCGCCAUGGUUGCAGCUUUUACCGGUCUUUCCAUCGUGCGCGCUAUUGUCAUGCGUUACGGCAAGCCCUCGGUGAUUAUUUUCGCGCUCGGCUCGGUUAUUGGGCUGAGUGGGAUUAUUCUUGAAGCUGAAGGGGUAGAGGAGGAGGGGGGGAAGGGGAGGAGGAGAGGGGAAGGAGAGGGGGUUGGUUAA